CGUUAGGUUUGUGCCUGUGUACUUAUUAAGAACUUCUGUAAUGGCUGGCAGAGAAAGAGAACCGAACGCUCUGUGAAGAAAACAUUAAACAAGUUUACUUCUGUGCGAGGUUAGAUUUCAACUGGCCUUUUUCCACGAAAGUUGCCGGCUCUUUAGCGCCAACUGACGGGAGAAAUCUUUUAGAAUUUAAGCAGGCACAUAGAAGAGAAAUCUAGUUACAGUAACCGACAGGACAUGCGUUGCUACGAGAUUGGGAAAUAUUAAUUACAACUAGAAAAUUAAACGCAGAACUGAAAACUAGACUGCGGAUACUGUACAUACUGGAAUUGAAUGGCUUUCCAAGCUUUAUCUAAUCAACUGUAUUAUGCAAUAUACGAAAGGGCUGAUACACGUACUGAAGAUUGGUUGCUAGUCAAGAGUCCUUGGGUACCAAUUACUGUCGUAUCAUGCUAUAUGCUGUUGUGUUUGAACGCCAAACGAGUUACAUCUCAGCUACCAGCUUACCAAUUGCGUGGUACCAUCGUCGCGUAUAAUGGAUUCAUGGUUUUGUUAUCCGCUUACAUGACCUUUGAGUUCUUCGGAGCUGCUUUGCAAUCCAAUUUCGGCGUUUUAUGUGUCCCAGUGGAUUACAGCCGAGCACCAAGCGCUAUGCGAAUGGCUAGCGUGUGUUGGAUAUAUUAUAUUUCGAAGUACAUUGAGCUGGUCGAGACCGGGAUGUUUGCCUUGCGAAAGAAAUUCAAUCAGAUAUCGUACCUGCACGUGUACCAUCACAGUAGCAUGAUAUUUGUAUGGUGGCUGGCCUGUAAAUACGUGGCCGGUGGGCAGUCUUACAUAUUCGGCGGCAUUAAUUCCUUCGUUCACUUUGUGAUGUAUACCUACUAUGGGCUGAGUGCUGUAGGUCCUCAUAUGCAGAAAUACUUGUGGUGGAAAAAACAUCUCACUAUGCUGCAACUGAGCCAAUUUGUUGUUCUAUUUGUCUACUGCAUAUAUAGCAUAGUGACGGAAUGUGACUAUCCGAAAUGGCUAUGCAAACUGAUGAUCGCGUACGCUAUCACACUUCUGAUGCUGUUUGGGAACUUUUACAUACACGCUUAUAAUAACAAGCCUAAAAAAUCGUUGGGAAAUGGUACUACCAAAAAACAACACUGACGAAAAUGAUUUUUUGCUUCAUUUUUAGAAUAAUACGUGUGCAACUUGUGUGUAUUUAUUAUACUUAGUAAAUCGACAAAUUAAUUUUUAUUAACUAUACCAACUCGUGCACAAGUAUAAUUUUGAAUAUUAUUACUUCACUAAUUCGCAUUGUGCGUAAUUUUUGCCGCGUUUAUUAGAAAAUAACACGUUUGAAAAGUUU